CCUAGCAAGGUGUUCAGUAGUAAAAUAAAAAUAGCCAUAUGGAUCAGUGCCAUAAAAGUCACACAGGGUUAGUGAGAGGUGAACGGUCUCCAGAGUGAGCUUGUGUCUGUUUAUCAUGGUGUAGAGGACACAGAUAAUGAGUCGUUUCUUGACGCACCUCCUGCUGCUUCCCACUCACGUGAGUUUAUGUCUGCUCUCUUUGCUCUACUGGACCCUCGUGUACGGCACAGCUGGGCUCACUGCCUAUCUGGUCCUGAUCCGGAUUAUCUGGAAUGCAUUUUGGGAUCCAUGCGGGACUUUUCAGUGGACAGUUCGUAAAAGACCCCCGACAUGCCUUCGGGACCCUGCUCUAGGCAAACAUGCCUACCUGUAUGGGAGGAGCUCAGGCCUGCGGUUUCACUACGUGACAAAAGGAGACAACAGAAAGCCACUGAUCCUUUUCCUCCAUGGAUUCCCAGAAAAUUGGUACUCAUGGCGUUAUCAGUUGGUGGAGUUUAGCAGCAGUUAUCAUACGGUGGCGCUAGAUCUGCGAGGCUGUGGGGGCUCUGACGCCCCCUCUCGGCUGGAGGACUACUCACUGGAGAAUCUUCUAUAUGACAUCAGAGACACGAUUGAUGAGCUGGGUCAUACCAGCUGUAUAUUGGUGGGCCAUGACUGGGGGGGUAUGCUGGCUUGGCACUUUGCUCUGGAGAGGCCGGACAUGGUCCAUCGUUUGGUCAUCAUGAAUGCUCCUCAUCCCGCCUCAUGGCUGGAUGCCGUUUUGAGACGUCCCUCGCAGCUCCUGCAUUCAGGCCAAGUGUGCUUCUUCCAGCUUCCGUUCCUGCCCGAGAUCGCUCUCUCUUUAGAAGACUUUAAGUUAGUGCGGAGUCUGCUCUGUGGAGGCCGAAUGGGGAUCAGGAACAGGGCGAGGAGACUAACUGAAGCCCAGCUGGAGGGCUACCUGUACUACCUGUCCCAGCCUGGAGCACUCACCUCUUCUCUGAGCUACUACCGCUCCCUUCUCAGUAACACAUUGUACAAGCACCAGGACGUGGCAGUGACCAGUAUGUUAAUCUGGGGAGAAGAAGACAGUAUCCUGGUGGAAGGGAUGUCCGGUGGGACGCGGCCUUACGUCAGAGGCCCUGUGGUCGUUCAUACCAUCCCAGACUGCAGUCACUGGGUACAGCAAGACCAACCAGAGACCGUCAACAAAUUACUGUGGGACUUCCUUCUGGACAGAGACAUCCCAUCCAAUCAUAUAGAAGACAGACGAUUCUCUAGUGCCUCAAAAUCUGACUGGGCUAUGAAUGGUGACUCCCGUGAUCUACAGCAGUAGUAGCUAUGGUUCACAUUUAUUAUUAUUAUUAUUAUUAUUAUUAUUAUUAUUAUUAUUAUUAUUAUUAUAAGCUAAGGAUUGAGUUGAGAUAGGGAUGGAUCUUUACAUGCGAUGGACUUUGGACUCUUAAUAUGCUUCCGGCUGGGCAGGAACAGCAUGAGUUCCCUAAAGGAAAAAAAAAGGUUUUUAUUUACAGAGCUCACAGAUUAUACAACAAUAUGGAGCAAAUAUAUAAAAGUUAUUUAAAAAAAUAAUUUAGGGCAUCAUAAAAUGUCCUGUUUUAUCAUAAAGUAAUUCAGUUUGAUUUAAUUCAGUAAUUUUGAAAGCUUUCUUGGCUUCUUGGUUAAAUGAUGUAGAGUAUCAGUCAAAAGUUUGGACACACCUCUUUUCAUUCAAUGUGUUUUCUUUCUUUUUAUGAUUUUUUUCAUUGUAACUUCAAUAUUGAAGACUAUAUUAAAGACUAUAUUAAAUUACUGUUAACUACGUAAUUCCAUAUGUGUCACUUAAUUGUUUUCAUGUCUUCAAUAUUAAUCUAAAUUAAAUAAAGGAAUAACAAAAACACUAAAUGAGAAGGCAUGUCCAAACUUUUGACUGCAUAAUUACUGUAAUAUUAUCUGUAGUAUGCCAUUUAUUCCUCUUUAUUUAGGUCAUUAUCAGGAUACUGAGCCGUCUUUUGGCGUCUUAUAACACAGUCUAAUAAAAAAGACUUUUAGGAUUUUUAAUUCUUUUGACUAUGAUGUUUAUAAGGCUCCAGACUAAAUCAGGGUUCUUGCACCAUUUUAAACGUCAAAUUUUAAUGCUUUUUAAGACCUUUUUAUAGACCGCAAUAAAUAUAAUUUAAGACCCAAAAAUGUAGUCAUAUUUUCUUUGUUAGGAAAUUAUUUGUUGUAUUUGAAAUCAAAAUUUAACGUAGCGAACUCGCCGCUAACAUUACUAUAUUAUCUAGCUUGCCACUAAUGUUAGCUAGCCCUCCGCUAACCUAAGUUCUCUCAUCGGUAACGUAGCUAACUUGCCGCUAACGUUGCUAUGUUAUCUAGCUCGCCGCUAAUGUUAGCUAGCCCUCCGCUAACCUAAGUUCUUUCAACGGUAACGUAGCUAACUCGCCACUAACGUUACUAUGUUAUCUAGCUCGCCGCUAAUGUUAGCUAGCUUUCCGCUAACCUUAGUUCUCUCCUGAUUAUGCUGACAUUUUAACACAACAGGGUGGACAAAUUUAUCUUUACCUUAGCCACGUAUGGCAACAAUAUGAGAAAUAUUUUUUCCCAUGAAAAGUUUUAUUAAUUUCUGGACAUGCAUAACGUGUCUUCAGUCCAUAGGAGAUUAAAUAGUGUGGAGGUUGUGAUCUCACAAAGAUAACUUUCUAAAAAGGGCGGGGUUGUCAAAAGGUGACAGGGUGGACAUUUCCUGGAUGUUCUAAAUGUUUAAAUAAUUUUAUGUUUUUAUGAAAAUAGCUAAAAAAGUAUAGUAAUUAUGUAAAAAUAUUCAAUCAGGCAGCACUACAGGUAUGGUAUGAAAAACCCAACAUCUUCAUAUAAAAAAAAAAACUGUAUGAAAUAUACAAAAGUGAAUUUAAAGAUAUUUAAUUAAAGCCUUAUAAGCCUCUAUGUUUGAAUAAUGUGCUGAUUCAGAGUAAAUCUUGUUUAUUAAAUGUAAAACGUAUUAUCACACAUUGUUUGUAUGUAAAUGUAUUUAAAAUUGUAAUGUUUGCCCUGUGUGCCAGUGCUUCCUUUUUUGAGUUUCAGAAACAGAUUUCAGUAUGUCUGCCCUAGUAGUUUCAGGAUUAGUUCUUUAUUUAGCUUCCCUUAUGUCUCAAGUACUGCUAAGUAACGCAAGAACAUGUCUUUAAAGCAGUUUUUUCUCGUCUCGUACUUGUGUGGAUAAAUACUACAGCUGUACUUCAUUACUGAUGUUGAGAAGUAUUAUUCAAGUACUACUACUAUUAAAUCUUUGUGCAUGUAUUCAGUUAUAUUUUAAGGACACAAAAACUUCUUACAUUUUUAAUUCGCCCUUCAAAGUACUGCUAUGAUUUCUUUUUCCUUUUGCCAGAAAAGCCAAGAUGCUGUUUUUCGAAAUGUAUUGUUUUAUUAAAGCAGCUAACCAAACUCAAAUAAGUGUAAAUCAAACCACAUGACUAUGGCAGUUUGUCUAGGCCUAUAUUAUUACCAGCAUCAUUAAUUAAUUAUAAUUUAACUGUUUAUAUACUUUGUACAGCUGCUUGUAUUUUAGUGUGGUUCCUUUUUUAACUUUCAUUUAGGCACAUCUUUGACUUCAUAUUUUCACUUUUGCUAUUGCUACUUUUGCUACUUCCCAUAUUUUCAUUAUGAGAGCCAUAAACACUUUAAACACAUCAGAAAGUAGCAUCUUUUGCACAGAAAAUUAGCUUACCCUGAAACAUGACAAGAAUUUGAUUCUCAGAGAUGCAUAAACACGUUGACCUUUAUGCUUCCGUCAGUGUUAAAAGGUCAGUAUCCUAAAAAAGAUCCAUUUAUGAGCACUGUGUGUAUUUAUUUACUAAAAACUGUAGUGAUUCAUUUUCAU